UGGGCCACCCGGUUGCACCAGGCACACUGCCUCACCUAAGUUGGCGCCUCCCCUGAGCUGCCCGCCUCCGCUCGCCGCCCCACCAGUUGCUUCCCUUGUUUCUUCCAUGGCGACUGUAGUCGGCGACUUCUGUCGGGCGACCUUCGUCGGCUUCUGCCUCCCUUUCAGAUCUGGGGGCGAAGCCAGUGUGGCCGACCCCUCCUUCCCCAAGCAUUCCUUAGCCCUUUCCGCUAUCGGGUUGGAUGGCUUCCGACCGGGCACCUCGCCCUUCCCGGGGCCCGAGCUUCCGGCCGCCGCCUGCUUCGUCGCUCGGAUCUGGUUGGUGGUGAUCUAGGGGCCUAGGACACACUUGCCACCCCCCCGGAAGCCAAUGCCUCGUCGGUUGUCCCUGCGUCCUAGUGUCCUCCCAAUCCUCCGUGGCGGCGGGAGGUCCGGCCAACAAUCACCCUCGCCAUGGCUAAUAAUACCACAUUUGAAGCACACUACCGACAGGCACUCGUAGACGAACUCCUGCCAAAAUCCGACAUCCAGGCCUCGAACGAACACCCCCGGCCGUAGGGGUAGUCUGGCAUCGACCUCCACCUUCACUCUCGCGUAACCCGCCUGCCGGUGCUCCCCGGUGAAGCGGUCCACUGCAACCGGAAGACCUGCCGCUAUAGCCACCUCCAUUAUCGUGCCCUUCCUCCAGAACUCCAUGGGCAACCCCGGCAUCCGGACCCAAACCAGCAGCCGGUUGACUCUGUUCACCCUAGGGACGAAGCCACCGCUCCACGACGAGGGGCUGGCCAGCUACCAGCCACGGUCCUCUCACCAUCGCCGCCUCCCGAUCGUCCGCCUUCCUGAACCGAACGGCGACAUGAUCCUCCGCUAUUUGGAAAGUCUCGGCCGCGUAGCCGAGUCCCCCCUUCGAGCUCAACUCCUUCCCCAUCCAUUCCGCCGGGACCUUCCUGGCGAGGCUUCGGACAAUCACCGCCGAGGAGCUCCAGCUGCUCCUCUCCUCCUCCAACCCUCCGGUGAGACCUCCAGAACGCCGGUGUAGUGUCCUUGGAGUACCUUGAGCUCCGCCGACGAGAUGUUGUGACUUGUCCAGAACACCUGCCGAGAGCGGCCUCCAGCCAUCUCCGCCCAAGACGGGACCGACCUAGAACCUCGCGGCACAGCAUUGGCCUUACCUUCGCUCGAGGCCUUGGGAGCCGCCCUUUCCUUUCCGGCCCCUCCUCCGAUCAUCCUUUCGUAUACCAGGCGUUUGAGGAAAUGCCUCAGCCGUAGCACAAAAAUUGGCGCACCAGGCGCUCCGCAUCAUGCGCUCUAUAUAGUUGUUUCUUUGACAAAGACGGGUAAACAUUGGAAAGCUUUGAGCCCGUGGAUUUGCCGGCAACAGGGUUUCAUUAAAAAAAAAAAGAAAAAAAAGAAAAAAAGAAGAAGAAGAGAGAGAGAGAGAGCACAACAGUGGGCGUGAUGUACGUUUCCGGCGUUCUCCGUCAGAUUGUUUAGUAAAUCAGCCAGCGGAGCAACGGGAAGCGGGAACCGAAGAGUGAGGCGAAGAAGGGCUCUUAGGCGAUGGAGGGAGGGGCGGCGCUGGCAGCGACCCUGUCGGAGGAGCUCCGGUGCGGCAGGAGCGACGGCAGGUCGUGGAGGUGCAUGAACCGGCGGAUCGACGGGAGGAGCCUCUGUUCAUUGCAUGACCGGCAGAAUCUGGUGAGGUCCCAGAUGGCUAGGGUUUCUCUGGGAUCAAGAAAGGCUAGAUUUAGGGUUUCCGUUGCCAAGAGCAAUGAGGAAGGGAAAGAAAGGAUUUUGGACCUGUUGGGCGAAUGUAAAAGGGAGGCUUUGGAGAAGUUGAGUAGGAGAAGGAAAAAAUUGAAGUUGAGGAAAGAGGGUUUAGAGAGAAUCUCCUCUCCUGUUGCUGCUGCACUUUCAAGUGGUUCCGGAAAGGGGGUUGGUCUUGGAAAGAUGGCUUCGGCUGGUCGGCCAAAGCCAGGGAAGAAUGUGACCUCCCUUACUUGUCAUCAAUGUCAUAAGAAUAAUAAAGGAAGAGUUGUGGAGUGCUUGACGUGCAAAAGAAAGAAAUACUGCAUUCAAUGCCUCAAGCGAUGGUACCCUAAGUUACCAGAAGCUGUAUGUGCAAAAGCUUGUCCAUCCUGUAGAAGGAAUUGCAAUUGCAAGUCAUGUUUGCGCAGGAAGGAAAAUGCAAGCGUCGGCUUUCAGUGUUUUGCAUUCUUAAUCAAUUUAUUCUAUUGGUGUCAGCAUUUGAAACUCUACUUUAAGAAUUUAUCUUACAACUUGCUUCUGCCAUUUCCUUUUCAGCCUUCAGGAGUGAAUAUUAAGAUAACUGACAAAAUAAGGUAUUCUUGUUAUAUGAUACAUGUCCUAGUUCCAUUGUUGAAAGAACUAUGCCGAGAACAAAUGACGGAGAAGGAAAUUGAGGCUAAGAUUCAAGGGCUUCUGUCAAGUGAAAUAAAGUUAAAACAAGCUUGUUUUUCUGCGAGCGAAGGCAUCUACUGCAAAAACUGUGGAGCCUCUAUUGUUGACCUUCACAGAAGCUGCAAUGCCUGUUCUUAUGCCCUUUGCCUGAGUUGUUGCCAAGAGCUUCGUGAUCUCCACCUACCUGGAGGUGAAAGGAUGAAAUCUUUACAAUAUAAAGCCAUAGGGAAGGGUUAUGUGCAUGCAGGACUUUCUGCAGACAAACCGAGGCCGUUGACAGAAUGGAGAGCCAACAGCAAUGGCAGCCUGACCUGUCCCUCGAAGGAACUAGGUGGCUGUGGUAGUUCUCUUUUGGAUCUGAAGCAUAUAUUUUCUGAAAACUGGCUUUCUGAAUUAGAAGAAAAAGCUGAAGCACUUCUUCAAACAUUUAACUUUGUAAAACUUCCUGAUAUGUCUGCCCGUUGCUUCUGUUUCAAUCCAUCUAAUCGGGUAGAUUAUGAAAGGGAAAAAUUAAGAAAAGCGGCUUGUCGAGAGGAGUCUGAUGAUAACUUCAUAUACUGUCCUAAUGCGGAAGAGAUUGAGCAGGAUGAGCUAGAGCACUUUCAGCAGCACUGGUUUAAAGGUCAGCCAGUGAUCAUCCGCAAUGUGCUUAAUUUCACCUUGGGCUUGAGCUGGGAGCCAGAAGUUAUAUUGCGUGCAUUGCGUGAGAGGUCUAAGAUCAAGGAGGAAUCAGAUCUUUUUGAAGUGAAGGCAAUCAAUUGUUUGAACUGGUCCCAUGUUGGGAUGCAUAUCUACCGGUUUUUCAGAGGAUACACCAAAGGAUGGAUUGAAAAAAGCCGACGGCCAAAGAUGCUCAAACUUAAGGAUUGGCCCCCAGCUAGUUAUUUUGGAGAGCGCUUAUACUGCCACUGCAAUGAAUUAAUUGGUUCUUUGCCUUAUCAGGAAUACACAAAUCCAAGAACUGGAUUUCUUAAUCUUGCAUUGAAGUUGCCUGAAAAUGUUAGGAAACCAGAUUUGGGACCAAGGUUGCAUGUUGCUUAUGGACUUAACAAAGAAAUAGGCAGGGGAGAUUCGGUGACCCUGCUUCACUUUGAUCAGACUGAUACAGUGAAUGUUUUGACUCAUAUGACAGAAGUAAACCUUUUUUUUGAUUGGAACUCAAAGGAGUUGAAAAAGAGGCAUGGAUAUCAAGAUAACAAAGAAGAUAUCAGUACCAAUCUGAAAAUGGAUGAAAAAUACUCAGCACCACCUGCAAGUAAUUACACAGUACUGGACAACAUUGACUUAAAUAACACAAAUGAUGGGAAUGUAUUGUCAUUUAAACCUUUUUCUCCUGAGGAUAUCCUUGAUGAGCAAACAGGAAAUGCAGUCCCUACUUAUAAUGGUUGUAGUCUGGGAAAAUUAGAAUUGACAACCAGAGACCAAAAAUAUCUAAAUAGUUAUGUUUCCAAUUUCAAUGUUGAAGCAGGUGAGCAUGGUGGUCCUUACAAGCAGAAUAUAGGUGUUAAAUUUUUCUCUGCUGAUGGAACUAGAGAUUAUGCAAAUCUUGAUGAACUGGUCAAUGAAAAAGAACAAGAAAAUAACUUCUGUAAUUUCAAUGACAGACAGUUGUCUCAGAAUGAAGAUAUAGAAAAAACAUGCAAGACCCAAGAUUAUCAGAAUAUUGCUCAUGAAAUCCAUACUGAAUCAUCUGCAGACAAUCCAUUAUCAUUGAUGGCUGCUUUUCAGGUGCAAACUCAGGUUGAUUGUGUAAUUUGUGAAGAAGAUGGGCGAAGCACAUCUUGUAAUGUGAGCAACCAGCUAAUGGCUAACAGAGAAGAACAAGAUAAGAUGGGUCUUAGUCAAGAAGAAAGGAUGCAUGGCUAUGUUGCUCAUGGUGAUUUUGAUGUUGAUGGAAUUCAUACAAAGGGCCCAUCUACUGUGAAAUCCACAUCAGUGUUUGAUGAUAAUCAGGCUCGUGCCUCAUCUAAUGAACUUUUAAUAUCUGACUGCUUUGUGGAGAAAACAGUUCAGUGGAAUGUGUCGGAUAUGGUAAGUACUAGGAAUGAAGCUUGUAAGGAGAGAUGUAAUCAGGAUAUUGAUAUAACUUCAGAAACAGGUGACAUAGUUGGGGAGACCAUAGAGCACAGUGGAGAUGUUCAUUUAUUCGUUGUAGACUCUGAAAGAAAUGAAGAACUAUGCUGGACAGAUGGGUCUUCGGUGUCUAUGUUGACAAAAAUAGAUGUAGAAAAUGCUGUAUCUGGAGUACAUAACUCAGGAUCUGGUUUGUAUACUUACAUCAAGGAUAAGAGUAAUGAAAGAGACAGGGAAAUUAGUACAGUUGAAGAGCAAAAUAAUGAUGGAGACAUGCAUUUACGUGUCAAAGGAACUGAAAAUAAUGGAAAACUUUGUUGUUUGGGAAUUGAUCAAAAUGGAAGGGCUGGUUUAUCUUGCAUAACAGCUGAUAACAAUGGAACAUCAGAUGUCAGAGUUGAGAAUAGCAAAGGAAAAUUUGAAGAGAAAAAGAAAAUUAGUCAAGGAGGAUAUACGGGAAGACCUCCAGGAUUUACUAAGAAGUUGGGCAAGGUGAUAAAUGGUGCUGUUUCUAGUAAAUUGCACAAACCAUGCAUAGCUGACAGUGUUUCUAUCAAAACUGAGUAUCAUCAAGAGACUGUUAUGACUGGAUUUUAUAAAAAUAAUUCUGUAAUAAGUGCUGAUACUCUUAUGAGAGGUGAAAUUGGAGAGGUUGGCCUUGCCAAAGAGAAUAGCAAUAGGAAAGUGCAGAUAUCUGUUGAAACUGAAAGAAAUGUGGAAACUUGUUGCACUGGUGAGUUUCUCAUACAACAGGGUGCCACUAAAGAAACUGGAGUUGCUGAUAGUGGGCAUGAAGUUCAGAAAGAAGGAUCCAAUGGGAACACUGAUAAUAAUGCUAAAAGAGCUGAUGAAGUUGGUCACUCAAAAGAGCAGGGUAACUCAAAUAUGUGCUUAUCUGUGGUCAAAACUGAAAGGGAUGGAGAAUCUUAUUGUUCAGGGAUGGAUUUAUGUGAUGGUGCUUGUACUGUUUUGCCUGGAAUAAAAACUGAAGAUGGCGAGGCACAUUUUGUAGUAAUCAAGGAUAUAGAGGGAAAAUUUAUGGACAAAAAGAAGUUCCUCCAACCUAGAAAGGUAAUGGGAAAUCCUCCUGGAUUCAUUAAGAAGUUGGGCAAGGUGGUGCAUGAUGGUGAUCUAAGGGGACUGCAUAACAAUGAAGAAGCUGAUCAUUUUCCUGACAAGUAUAAAAGAAUUGGAGAAGUCGACCAGAAUGAAGAACAAGAAGCAAAUGAUUCAAGCCUUGAUAGAGGCACAGUUGUAGCUGAUGAUACUGUUUUGGUUGCAACGCAAGGUGCAGGGUCUGACUUCGUUGGAGUCACAUCGGAAGGAAAAUUUGGAGAUGAUGGUGUUCUGCAGGAAUUGCAGAACAAUGAAGAAGCUUAUCACUAUCCUGACAAAUGUAAAAGCAUGGUAGAAUUUGACCAAAAGGAAGAAAACGAAACAAAUGGAUCAGGUUUUGCCAGUUGUAGAGUUCUAACUGAUGAUACUGUUGAGGUUUUUAGGAGCAGAGAAGUAACUGAUGAUGUUGUGGAGGUUACAAUGCAAAGGGUAGGACCUGACAUCACUGGACUCACACCAGAAGGAAAUUUUGGAAAUGGUGUCGCAAGGGAAUUGCAGAACAAAGAAGAAGCUGAUCAGUUUCUUGACAAGCCAAAAAACAUUGGAGAUUGGAGGGAAGGACAAGAAGUAAUUGAUUCAAGCCUUGCUAGUGGCAGAGCUCCAACCGAUGAUACUGUUGAGAUUGCUAGGGGAAGAGACGUAACAGAUGAUACUAUUGAAUGUGCAAUGCGAAGGAUAGGGCCUGACUUCACUGGACGCAUGCCAGAAGGAGAUUUUUUUGGAGAUGAUGUUGUGAGGGAGUUGCGGAACAAUGAAAAAGCUGAUCACUAUCCUGGAAAACCUAAAAGUGUUGGAGAGGUUGACUGGAAUGUGGGACUAGAAGCAAAUGAUUCAAGCAUUGCUAGUAGGAGUGGUUUAACUGAUGAUACUGUUGAGAUUGCUAGUGGAAGAGCCAUAAUUGAUGACACUAUUGAGUUUGCAAUGCAAGGGGCAGGUCCUGACUUCACUGGACUGAUGCAAGAUGGAAAUCUUGGAGAUGAUGGUGUUAUGAGGGAGCGGCAGAACAAUGAAGAAGCUGAUCACUAUCCUGACCAACCUAAAAGUGUUGGAGAAGUUGACCUGGAUGAGGAACAAGAAACAAAUGAUUCAAGCCUUGCUAGUGGCAGAGCUCUAACUGAUGAUGUCGUUGAGGUUGCAAACCAAAUGUUUGGAGCUGGCUUUAUUGGAUUCACACCUGAAGGAGAAUUUAGAGUUAAUGUGGGGAAGCAAAUUAUUCCCUGCAGCAAUAUACCUGGAGAUGCUGUAAUGCAUGUAAAAAGGAUGGGCAAAAGAGCUAGACAGAAAAUGCGGAGAAGAAACCCUGCUGAUUUAGGACUUAAGAUGAACAGAAUAGUUGAUUCUUUUCAUAAUGAAACUUUAAGCAUGGAAGAAAUUGAUAGAAGUGAAAAACAAGCAAUGAAUGAUUCAAGCCUUUCUAGUGCCAGAGCUCUUGCUGGUGGCACUGUUGAGGUUGCCAAGCAAAGGGUUGAAGCUAACUACUUCAGAAUGGUGUCUGAAGGAAAUUUUGGUGUCAAUGUUGACAAAAAAAUUGUUCUCUGUAGUGAUAUUCCUGAAGAUACUGUAAUGCAUUCCAAAAGAAAAAGAAGUAGAUGUUGGAAAGAAGAACAGGGAAGAAAUCCUGCAGGUCUGGGAACCAAAAUGAAGAGAAAACCUAAUUCUUUUCCUAUUGAAGCUGAAAGCUUGAGAGAAGUUGAUAGAAAUGAAGAACAAGAAGGAAAUGAUGCAAGCCUUCGUUGUGGCAGAGCUUUAAUUGAUGUUACUGUUGAAGUUGCAAAGCAAGGGUUUGGAUCUGACUUCACACGACAUGUGCCAGAAAGAAAUUUUGAAGAUAAUGUGGGGAAACAGACCAUUUUGUCUUAUAUUCCUGAAGAUGCUGCAGUUCCCAUCAAAAGGAAGAGAAGUGGAGGCAGGAAGAAAAGGCAGGGAAGGUAUCUUGCUGGCUUGGGCAUCAUAAUGAAGAGAAAACCUGAUCUUUAUUCUACUGAAACUGUAAAGCUGCUGGAUGGGAAGAUUCCACAAGAGAAAUCUGAUUUUUGUAUAACUGGCACUAGAACUGUGGCUAAUGAAUUGAUUGAUUUUGAGAGGCACAUUCAGGGAACUGGUAUUUCUGGUUUCUCACUGAAAGAGGGCCCUGAAAAACAAACUCAUGAGUGCAGUGGUAGUCCUGAAUGUUCUGGUAUACGUGUAGGGAAAAAGAUAAUUGGAAGCCAGAAGAAAAAGAGUAGAAAAAAAUCAAAGCUUUCCGGUGGUAGAUUGAGGGGUAAACCUGAUUUUGUUCCUCUUGGAAUUGAAUCAAAUGGGGAUGUUGGUGGAGAUAAAGCACAAGAUGUUGCUGGUCCUAGUUUAUUAAGUAUUGGUUCUGUAACUAAUGAAUCCCUUCAUGUUAACCAAAAUGGAAGUGCUGGUGAGUCUCAUCUUCCACAAAAUGGUUGCUUUAACAUGCCUGGAAAUUUUGAGUAUGGUGUAGAGAAGACAUAUGCAGGAGGCAGCAAGAGGAAGUCGGAUGGAAAGCCAACUAACUCCGGUGACAAUAGGCAACCAGAACAGUCAGAAGGUGCUGCUGUAUGGGAUGUUUUUCGGAGAGAAGAUGUUAUGAAGUUGCAGGAGUAUCUCAAGAGGCACUCUGCAGAGCUGAGAGGUCUCCACUGUUCUCCAGUAGAGCAGCUGGUUCAUCCGAUCCAUGACCAAGCUUUCUAUCUGACAUCAGAGCAUAAAACAAAGCUCAAGAAGGAAUUUGGUGUAGAGCCUUGGACAUUUGAGCAAAAGCUUGGUGAGGCUGUCUUCGUUCCUGCUGGAUGCCCUCAUCAAGUCCGAAAUCUGAAGUCAUGUAUGAAGGUUGCGCUUGAUUUUAUGUCUCCUGAGAGUGUUCAUGAGUGCAUUCGUCUGACGGAGGAAUAUCGUGCCCCCCAUCGUCAUGCUUGGGGACAGAAACUAGAGGUGACGAAAAUGGUUGUUUAUGCAAUCAACCAAAUUGUAAAGGAUUUAGAAGAUAGAAAAUCAAUCUUUAUGUUGGAGAGAGAGUAAGAUAAGGAGACGCGUGAAACAGACAAAAACCCUGAUAUAUGUCGUGUUGAAACCAUGUCAGGUUUUGUCCCACAUCAUUGCUUGGCAAACUUGUGUCUUGGAGUUCUACUUUCUGGUCGUCCAAAUUUUGGCCGAUGUAGCUCGGUGAUACUACAGCAAAAUUUUGUAAAUGGAAUCUGUAAAUAUAUAAGGUGGCAGAAGUUCGAAGACUGUUGCCUUGUUUUUUGAAAGCUUUGGUCUCACUAUCCUUCUUGGCAUAUGUACUGGCUGCUGCCAGAUGUGAAGCAUCAGUGUGUGUAAAUGUGACUGUAUGUACUGAGUACUGUAUAUAUGUGAAUCUGGACGGUUAGUACACCUCAUUUGGUAA